UAUAUAUACCGCACAUAAACAUAACAUUACUACACAGUCAUUGAAAAGAAAAAAUCAAAAAAAAAUAUUUUUUCCCUUAUCUUUUCCCAACAUCGGUAGCUUUGUUUUGCUGUAAUAUUUGUCAAAAAAAAAACUUUUGCUGUAAUAUUGAUCAUGGCCAAGUUAUCGUGUUCUUAUUUUCUUGUACUCAUGCUUGUGUUCUCAGCUUGUUUAAUAGUUGAAAGUGCUGAGGGAAAGCUAUGUCACAUAACCGUUGACAAAAGAAUGUUUUGUGAAGAGGUCCAUUGCCGUCAAAGCUGUUUUUCAGGAUACAAUGGCAUUGGAACAUGUUUUGACGACCCCAAAGUUGCUGGAUCCCUUAAUUGUGGCUGCAGCUAUAAUUGUUAGAGGAAACGUCUCUUAAAAAAGUUGUGAUAUUAUAAUAAAAUGUAUGAUUUCUGUUUGUAAUCAUCGUAAAAUUCCAGAGAUCUUCAUAUGUGCGGAUUUUUCGUUUCAGAAUAUAAUUUAUUAAAAAAUUUAGUUACAAUUAAUUUUAUUAUAUACUGAAAUAUUUUUCAUAAAUAAUAGUAAUAGUUUCAAAAAUAAUAGUAAUACUUUA